AGGGGUAAAGACAGAGUAUCUUCUAAAACAUCAGCGUAACUUGAAAACUGCCCAACAGAUACUGUAUUUAGCCUGGGGGCGUUGUGAGUUGAAAUGCCUAAAAGUUUGCAGUCUUGAUACAGCACAGAGACAUUAGCAAUCGUUUGGGGGAUUUUGAACUGACCAAAUCAAUCAACAGCGAAAUAAAUGCGGAAAUGAACAAUCGAGUCACAAUGGAGGAGUCGUCAUAGGAACGUGAUAAAACACGAUGCGCUACGAAAUUUACAAAUGCAUUUGUUAUUAGAUCUCUUGCUGACAAUUUGUUUGCACAUUCAGGCGAAUUAGCCUACCGAUAACCAUGAACAAAGCUGAUUAUUUGGCUUUUCCCGCAAUAGUUGGGACGACGGGACAGUACAAUAACAUGAGAAAAAUGUGGGACGGUCAGCACUACAAAUACCAUGUUGACAGGAUGGGAAAAAGUGAGUUUGACAAUCUAAACCAAUGGUGGACAACAAAGCUCCCAGGACAUACUUGCACUGUCAUCUAAAACUGAAGAAAAUUCAGAUGGAGCAGGAGCGCCUGAUGGAGCUGGAGAGGGACAACCGUCUGCUGGUGUCCAGGAUCGCCCGCACUAUGGGCACCAAGGGAGGCCUGGAAAACUGGAACACUUAUCAAACUAAACACAGUGUGAAUGCAGACCUGAGGAACCGUGAGCUGGUGAAGGUCUCUCUGGAAAACCAGGCUAUUCUGAAGAAAAUCGACAUGACCAAGUCUGUUUACGACCACAGAAAAUGGUUAAAUGACUUCAAGGCUACCAGAGGCUAUUUGAACCGGCUAAUGAAGUAUCCAGAGCCUCCCAUGCCAACCAAGAAGCACAGGAUGGGUGGCAAUUGCUUGCAGUUUUCCCUAGGGAUGGGCGUAGUGAUUACCAGACUGAUACUUUCAUUCAGCCAUGUGUCUUCACAGUGCAUGUUUUAAAUGUGUCAGCCUUGCAUGUUUUAUGCUACGUCUACAUUAAUCCGCAUAAUUGAAAACUGCGUUUUUGUUUUGAAAUUCUGUCUGUCCACACUAUGGUUUUAUAAAAGUUAAUCGUUCACGCUGAAAAGUCUGAAAACGCUUAUGUCUCUACUGCGCAAUGAGUAAAACUUAAGGUGCUUCGAAAUGCGUAAUUUCCUUCAGGCUUUAUUUAUUAUGAUGUACAACCCCAAUUCCCAAAAGGUUGGGACGUUAUGUAAGAUGUAAAUAAAAACAGAAGGCAAUGAUUUGCAAAUCUCAUAAUUGCAUGUCUUUCACAAUAGAUAAUUGAAAACAUAACAAAUGUUUAAACUUAGGAAAUGUAAAAUUUUAAGGAACAAAUAUGGUAAUUUGGAAUAUGAUAGCCGCAACACCAAUCAAAAAAAGUUGGGACGGGGACAAUAAAAGGCUGGAAAAAGUGUUACAAAAAAAUAAACAGCCGGAGGAACAUUUUGCAACUAAGUAAGUUAAUUGCAAACAUGUCAGUAACAUGAUUGGGUAUAAAAAGAGUAUCUUAGGGAGACAGUCUCUCAGAAGUAAAGAUGAGCAGAGGUUCACCAAUCUGCGAAAAUCUACACAUUGUGGAACCAUUUCAGAAUAAAGUUCCUCAACGUAAAAUUGCGAAGACUUUGAAUAUAUCAUCAUCUACAGUACAUAAUAUAAUUAAUCUGAGAAUCUGGAGAAAUCUCUUUGUGUAAGGGACAAGGGGGAAAAUAACAUGUUCAUGCCUGUGAUCUUAAGGCACUCAGGCGGGCACUGCAUAAAAAAACAGGCAUGAUUCUCUAAUGGAAAUCAUUGCAUGGGCUCAGAAACAUCUACAGAACUCAUUGUCUGUGAACACAGUUUGCCGUGCAUCCACAAAUGCAGGUUAACGCUCUAUCAUGCAAAGAAGAACGCACAUGUAAACAUGAUCCAGAAACACCGCCAUCUUCUCUGGGCUAAAACUCAUUGAAAAUGGACUGAGGCAAAGUGGGAAAACUGUUCUGUGGUCAGACAAAUUGAAAUUAUUUUUGAAAACCUUGGAAGCUGCAUCCUCCGGAUUAAAGAGAAGCACCAACCAGCUUUUUAUUAGUGCUCAGUUCAAAAGCCUGCAUUUCUGAUGGUAUGGGGCUGCAUUAGUGCCUAUAGAAUGAGUCCCUGAACGAGGAAGUGACGUCCAAACUGAAGACCCGCCUUGACGAUCAACUGACAGAUUGCAUUUCCAUUUGAAUUUUGCACCAAAAAGAGCGUGGUGACACAUAUGUUAAUGCAAUUGACUGGGGGCACUGUUUUGCUGCCCCACAUUGAAUCGCCAUUUGAAAAAUGCAUUUCCAUUUGAAUAAAGAGUUGAAAAAACCUUGUCAAUAUGAUAUGCAAUAUCAUAUUGGGAAUUGGGAAUCAGGUGGCUGAGCGGUUAGGGAAUCGGGCUAGUAAUCAGAAGGUUGCCAGUUCGAUUCCCGGCUGUGCCAAAUGACGUUGUGUCCUUGGGCAAGGCACUUCACCCUGCUUGCCUCGGCGGAAUGUCCCUGUACUUACUGUAAGUCGCUCUGGAUAAGAGCG